GAGUUACACAUUCUACAAAAUGGGCAAUCUAGACAACAGAAUAGGCAAUCCUGAUCAACUACUUACACAAGAUGUCGAAAAAUUUUGCAACAGUGUAGUGGACCUAUAUUCAAAUCUCAGCAAGCCAUUUUUGGAUAUUGUUCUGUACAUCUUUAAACUAACAAGCGCAAUAGGAGCACAGGUAAAAUUAAAUACUUUCCCCCCUCUUUCAAAUGUUACAGAUCUUGCAACCGUAGUUGGCUAUUUGGUUGUUAGCCGCCCGUUUCUAGACCUGUCCCAUCCUCGUCAUCAGAGUAGCAACCAUGCUGAACUUUUGGAGGAUUACUACCAAAGUGGAAGAAUGCUACUGAGAAUGUCUCAAGCCCUUGGCAGAAUAGUCCUAGCGGGUCGUGAGAUGACUCGAUUGGCUGGAUUCCAGGUGCAAUCUGGGGCAAAUGUUCUUAUUUGUGGGCCAAAUGGAUGUGGAAAAAGUUCUCUCUUCAGGGUCCUUGGUGAAUUAUGGCCCUUGUUCGGCGGCUGCCUAACUAAACCCGAGAGAGGAAAGUUGUUUUAUGUUCCCCAGAGACCAUAUAUGACACUCGGGACGUUGAGAGACCAAGUAAUUUAUCCAGACACUAUAGAAGAUCAGAAAAGGAAAGGCAUCUCUGACCAGGUUGGCAUCACUCUCUUCACUGUAUCUCACAGAAAAUCACUUUGGAAACACCAUGAUUUUUAUCUUCACAUGGAUGGAAGAGGCAACUAUGAGUUCAAGAAAAUUACUGAAGAAACAAUUGAGUUUGGUUCAUAACCCCCAACUCCGACCAUCAACAGCCAUGACUGUUAACAAUACUGAACUUGGGAAACGUACAUUGUGGUGUAACAAAGCUACUUGACUUACUCUUAAAUUGAUUACUAGGAAUACGAUAACAAGCUGUCAGUACCUUUAUUAUUAUGUAGAAUAUUACUAAUUUGUGUUCAUGUUGGUUUAAUUAUUAAUAUGCUCUAAGAAUGUUCUUAUUCUUGUGUUUUGUUUUUUUAAAAAAAAUCUGCCUAAAUUAAGUUGGGCUUAAAUCACUGAAAUGUUGGUUCAUCCUGGGAUGUAAACAGUCUGAAGUCAACUAAUUUGACUUCUGUUUGACCAUACUUCCUCUGGGGAAGGCCCUUAUUAAAAUUAGAUUCACUACCUCUUCUGUCCCCGUCACAACAGAUACGAAUUUCUGUGUCAACAUCCUAGUGUGUCAGUUCAUUAUCUGUACUCUUUUCAGGAUAGGAUUUGUUGUAUUACUGUAACAUAAUAUGGGGCAAUUGGCCUUCCUCUUAGCCAUGGCUGUGGAGAGAGUCUCCUUCCAGGUGUACUGAGGGGAGAAAAGCCCCUUUAGAAUUUCUUUGCAAAAAAAAUAAAACUCCAUCCAACAUCCUCUGGCCAUUGCUGGAGACUACCUUUCAAUCCUGUUUUUUCCAUUUUUUCCUGCUCAGCGCAAAUAAAAUAACAAUAUUCCAUUUGGCCUUUAUAUUCCAAUUUCAGAAGGACAAAUAAGAGGAAUGAGAAUGGGGAGGGGGAGGGGAUGAAGAAGAAAUAAAUAAAAUAAUUUCCAAAUCCUUGUCAUGGAAUACAGAUCAGGGACAUUCUCGCUUAUGAGAGGUCUGAUCUGUUUCUAAUUUGUAGAAUGUAGUGUGCAAGUUUGAAAUGAAAUGCCAUACAUAUCUGCCACAAGGAUUUGGAUUUUUCAGAGAAGGCAUUUACUGGACAUUUUUGUACCUGGCAUGUAGGUCUAUAAUACGUGAUUUUUUUUAAAAAAAGGAAUGUAAACUAUUUAAUGCCAGAGAGACAACAGUUCAGAGUCCCCAAGAAACAGUUCAGAAUCUUUUAGAACUAUUUUAUAUAGUUAUUACUUGAAGAAUUGUUUGGCUUCCUGUCCAUUACUUUUAUAAAAACGACACAACCGCUUAACUAUAAAUAAGCACUUUUGAAACAAGUAUGUGAUAAAACUUACAUACAAUGAUUAUAAAUUAUUAUCCAGAUUUAUUGACAUAGAUGGGACUGGAAGAUAUGAGUUGGUUAGUCUGGCUAUGUAAUUGAUUACCAUUCUUCUAACAAAUCUUUAAAAACUGUGCUGUAUGAUGUGAUUUUUGUCCUUAUAAUAUAACAUCCACAUGCACUUAACAUGAUGGGCAAGCACUACAUGCAAAAUAAAUGUGGUUGGUGUUCCCCCCUCCCUUUGCUUAAAAUCAGCAUUUGUUCUUAAUUAUUAGUCGAUCAUUAAUUAUCCCUAUUUCACGGGAAAUCUGGAAUUUUUCAAACUUCCAAACAUUUCAUCAGAUUUGUUUUAUUUUUCCGAAAAGUCAGUGUUUCUAAAUGCCAUUGUUUUCAUGUGUGCUGGGUAAAUGGGUGGAGAGUUGGGUUAGGAUGAAUUAUCUGAGAAAUGCAAAAAUGAAUGUUAAAUAAGUAUUUUCAGUUUAAAUAUUAAAUAACUGGUUUCAGUUUGUUGCCAUCUCAUAUUUAACAAAGAAUUGCCUUUUUUAUGAUUACUUCGAUUUUUUAUCUCUCCCUAAAAGCUGAUAUUGAUAGUAUUAGUUGAUACGAGUUUACAGACAAUGUCAUAAUCUGAAAAAAGCAUUCCAAACAGCAAGACUACGAUACCAAUUUAGCACAAAUCAAUUGCUUGGAAUGGCUGUUUCAGAUUGAAUGGAAAUCUGACGCCAGAAUAAAUAAAGCUCUGGUUUGAAUUUGGUUGCCACGCUUCUGGUGAAAACUUCUUUUUCCACAUAUGAUCUUUCAUUUUUUUAUUUUUGUGCCGCUAUUCUACAGAGAUCCGCUUUCUCAAGAAAUUCGUAUGAAAAAAAAAACUGCUAUUAAAAUACAUUCCUUUACAGGAAAUCUGGGCUACAAGUGAGUAAUAGUCAAAAAUGGCAUGUAUGUUUUUGUUACUAACCGGAAAGCACCCUAAAGCAUAUAGCGUCUUUUGUAGAAAAUCUAGGGUUGCUUAAUGCAACAUUCUUCAUAGAGUGGGAUAUUGCAUUGCUUGGGAAGUAGAGCUAAUUGUUUACUCUGAAGAGAUAUCCUUUCAGCCACAACAACCCUAUAAAAUCUUCUCUGAAUCUAGAAGAAGAUUCUGAGGGAUAUAAGUUGUUGGGAAGAAUUCCACAUUCUAU